CCCCUCGCCAUGAAGCGGCAGAACCUGCGCACGGCCGCGCUCAUCCUCUGCAUCUUCUCCUACCUGCUGGUGGGAGCCGCCGUCUUCGAUGCGCUGGAGUCGGAGGCGGAGAGCGGCCGCAAGCGGCUGCUGGAGCAGAAGCGCGGGGAGCUGCGCAGGAAGUAUCGCUUCUCCGCCGACGACUACCGGGAGCUGGAGCGCCUGGUGCUGCAGGCCGAACCGCACCGCGCCGGGCGCCAGUGGAAGUUCGCCGGCUCCUUCUACUUCGCCAUCACGGUCAUCACCACCAUCGGCUAUGGACACGCUGCUCCAGGCACAGAUGCCGGCAAAGUUUUCUGCAUGUUCUAUGCCAUCCUGGGCAUCCCCCUGACGCUGGUCAUGUUCCAGAGCCUGGGGGAGCGCAUGAACACCGUUGUGAGGCUGCUGCUCCAGAAGAUCAAGAAGUGUCUGGGCAUGAGGACAACCAAUGUCUCCAUGGAAAACAUGGUGCUGGUCGGCUUUCUGUCCUGCAUGGGGACCUUGUGCAUCGGCGCCGCAGCCUUCUCUUAUUUUGAGGGCUGGACUUUCUUCCACGCCUAUUACUACUGCUUCAUCACCUUGACCACCAUCGGCUUCGGAGACUUCGUGGCUCUGCAGAAGAACGAGGCGCUGCAGAAGAAGCCCCCGUACGUGGCCUUCAGCUUCAUGUACAUCCUGGUGGGGCUGACGGUCAUCGGCGCCUUCCUCAACCUGGUGGUGCUGCGGUUCCUGACGAUGAACUCGGAGGACGAGCGGCGGGACGCCGAGGAGCGAGCGUCGCUGAGGAGAGCCCGCGGCAACCUCCACCCCCGGCCCGCCGGGGACGGCCGGACCGCCAACGCCAUUUUCCUGCCCACCGAGGACAGGACCAGCCAGAUGAACCUCAUCCCUCUGAUCCUGGAGGAGCGGCAGCGGCGCCAGUCGGCCCAUGCGGCGGCCACGGUGCCCUCCUUCUGCACGUGCCUGUGCUACAGACCGCAGCUCUGCGGCAGCCCCGUGCCCUCCCACCCCGAGACCCUCAGCUGCCACACCAACCCCGUGUACUACAACUCCAUUUCCUACAAAAUCGACGAGGUGUCCCUGAGCACACGGGGGCCGACCGGCUCCUCCCCGGGGAGCACUUUGUCCUCCAGCAGCCCCCGCUGCCGGCACCACGCCCGGCUGCGCAGGAAAUCCAUCUAG